AAUAUAUCAUUUACAAUGGUGCAGAUCAAAUUCCUGUUUGCCCUCUUGGCCGUGAUGACAAUUGUUGUCCUGGCGGCCAACAUGGCGGAUGCUGAUUUUCUAUCUGGAAAGUUUAAAGGAGGUUGCAUGAUGUGGAGUGGAGAGAAGUGCCGUCGCCUGUGCAAAGAACAAGGAGCAGUCAGUGGACAUUGCAGUACCAACUUUAAAUGUUGGUGCGAAGAAUAAUAAAUCGCAUAUAUUCCAAAGCUGUAAAUUGUUUUAAAUAAUUCCGUAUAUUGUAUUGUAAAGAGAAGUAAUAAAUAUGUAUGUUAUCAACCGCA